AUGCUGCUAAGAACAAUAGCUGGUUGUAACAUGAGACCAAUGAUUAAAAGAAGCUUUCCAAUUUCGUAUCUUUUACCGAAGAGAUACCCUAUUUCCAACAAUGGAGUCAUAUCCUCUCAAAGGUUUUACGCCACUGAAAGGUCACAGCCUAACAAAGACGAUACAAAUAAAACAAAGAAUCAUCAAGAAAGUAAUUCAAAGAAGGAAAAGACUAAAAAGAGCACGAUAUGGCCUAAAAUUAGAGCAUUUACCACAUUUUCAUUAUCUGGAUCUUUAGUCAUUGGAGGUAUUGGUAUAUCGGUAAUUGUUCUUUAUUUGAUCAUAGCAGAAUUGUUCUCACCAUCAGGUGAUACACAACUAUUUAAUCGUGCAGUUACCAUGGUAGAAAAAGAUGCGAAUGUGAGAUCUAUGCUACAAUGCAAAGAUUCCAAGAUGCGUAAGGAGAGAUUAAAGGCAUACGGUGAAUUAAUUACUCAUGAUAGGUGGACUAGAAAUAGACCGAUAGUAUCAAAGAAGAAAAUUGAUAGGGAUGGGGUAGUUCAUCAUUAUAUGAGAUUUCAUGUUGAAUCCAAGAAGAAAAGAGCAUUGAUACAUAUUGAAGCAAAGGAUUCCAAAAAUAAAUAUCAACCGGAUUUUACAAGCGUUUAUAUUGAUGUGCCCGGUGAAAAAAGAUAUUACUUGGUCAAACCCAAACUGGCGCAAGUUGUAAAACCAACUGGUUUCUUAGGUGUUAAUUGGGGACCUAAAAGAACUUAG